ACAAAAGACAGUCAGUUACCUCGUAAACAAACAUGGCCGGCAGAAGCCGUUUUGCAGAGGUCUGCUGUCCCCAGCACCCUGAGUCUCAUCUCAUCGAGGACUACCGUGCUGGAGACCAAAUCUGCUCAGAGUGUGGCCUUGUGGUGGGAGACAGGGUGAUAGAUGUUGGGUCCGAGUGGAGGACCUUCAGCAAUGAGAAGGCGAACAAUGACCCGUCCCGUGUUGGUGGGCCGGAGAACCCACUACUCAACGGCUCCGACCUCUCCACCAUCAUCGGGCCGGGCUCAGGCGGGGACAGCUUUGGAAAUUCCAAAUACCAAAAUCGUAGAUCAAUGAGCAGUUCAGACCGUGCCCUGAUCAAUGCCUUCCGGGAAAUCAGCAACAUGGCCGACAAGAUCAACCUUCCCAAGACCAUCAUAGACCGUGCCAACGUGCUGUUCAAACAGGUUCAUGAUGGUAAGAACCUGAAGGGCCGCAGCAAUGACGCGAUUGCCUCUGCCUCCCUCUACAUUGCCUGCCGACAAGAGGGUGUCCCCAGAACAUUCAAGGAGAUCUGUGCUGUGAGCAAGAUCAGCAAGAAGGAGAUUGGCCGCUGCUUCAAGCUAAUCCUCAAGGCACUGGAGACGCAGGUGGACCUUAUCACCACCGGUGACUUCAUGUCCCGCUUCUGCUCAAACCUCGGCCUGCCCACCUUUGCCCAGAAGGCUGCCACCCACAUCGCACGCAAGGCUGUUGAUCUGGACAUCGUGCCGGGCAGGUCGCCCAUCUCUGUGGCUGCUGCUGCUAUCUACAUGGCUUCACAGGCAUCUGAUGACAAGAGGACCCAGAAGGACAUUGGAGACAUAGCGGGUGUGGCCGACGUGACCAUCAGGCAGUCCUACAAGCUCAUGUACCCUCAUGCCAAAGAACUGUUCCCGGAGGACUUCAAGUUCUCCACUCCUAUCGAGCUGCUUCCACCCUUAUAGGAGCCCUCACAUUGCAUACAGGAGAUGGUUACCCACUGUAGCCUACACCUCUGCCAGAGAGGAACUAAGUGCACCUUAGACACUCUAAAGGAAGCCUUGAUUUUUCAUGUUCAUAUGACCAAUAUUUUUAAAGCAGUAAUAUUGUGUGUGUGCAGUUUUAUUGGUUUUAAGUGGUGCAUUUUUGUUUAGAUUUUGUAUUCUUUAGCUACUUGUGGCAGUGAGAGUAUCUUGUGUACUUGUUUUAAAGACAAUAAUUAGACCACAUACAUCUUUUGAGCGUGACACCUUGCACGGAGGCCUCCCUUGAGGCGCUCUUCAGCGGGGCUGCUUCACCGUGACACAAAGUGCUUUGAUGUUUGUGGUCCAGAAGGUAGUUGAAGGAGGUGUGCCUGUAACUAUAUUUUUUUAUACAUUUCGUUCUAAGUAUAUAUCCAUGUUCCUCCAUCUCUUCCAUCCACUUGUGGUGGUUAUUUGUACGUGAAAUAUAGGUAAGGUGACAUUAACUGCUAAGAUUGUUUUGUAAACUAUUUGUAAAGGUGAUGCUGCAGAUGCAUGAGGAUAUACAUUAUUUAUGAAACUCAUAGAUGCUUUGCUCUGCUAUGAAUAUUUGUAGCACUCAUGAUAGGAAUCCUAUGAAUAUUUGUAGCACUCAUGGUAGGAAUCCUAUGAAUAUUUGUAGCACUCAUGAUAGGAAUCCUAUGAAUAUUUGUAGCACUCAUGGUAGGAAUCCUAUGAAUAUUUGUAGCAUUCACCGUAGGAAAACUCAUUUUAUCAGUUUGAUUCUUAUUUAUACGGAUGAGAUAUGUAUUGCUGAUAUUUUAUUUUAGAUUGUACUGAUUCAUGCUAAAUGUCUUUCCAAUGAGGGAGUGAUAGAUUGUUUGUAUUGAAGGCAACAUGAAUAGUAUCACAAUUAUAUUAGUUCAGUCAUUAGUUAAUAUUGCUAUGAAUUGGCUUUUGACUGCUUGUUUGAUAAUGCAAAGAAACAGCUCACCUUGAUGGAGCUAACAAGUCCUUUAUUUGCAUUCUGGUUGAUAGCAGGUUCCUCAUGGUAUACCUUUAUGCUUUUCUAUCCAUUUCUCAAAUACCCGGCGCCACAUGACCGCUGAAGUUGUGGCGUCAUGAAGACACACCCCAAUCAGUCAAUGAAUCGAUCUCAGAUACCCACUCCUUAGGGUGAUCCUCUUUCAAAGUAAUUGCAUUGACAACAAAAACUCUGUCUAGGCACAGUCAUUGUACCCUGCAUAUGAUUCAUCUCGCUAUUACAUACUCUGACUUGUGAACACAUUCCCUCUUCUUCACUCUGCUAUUUUCCAUGUUUUUCUUUCAUAUUCUUGUUCUGACCUUUGAUUUCACUUUGCACAAGUUUUUCAUCAGGUUGUCAUCCUUUUCUUCAACUUGACACUCCUUUACUUAAUUUCAAGCUUCUGAACAUGAGGUUUAUAGUACAUUGCAUAGACUAGAGUUCCUAUCACCUUAAGUUUCUGGAAUGGAGUAGAUAUGUUGUUGAAAGGUUAAAUUAAGAGAUUAAGUGAAAAAUUGUAGUUUGCACAUUCGUUAGUUUGCUCCAGCGCCGAGGUUCAGUUCAUUAGCGAAGAGUAGCCUGCAAGGUAGUGUGUGUGUGUGUAUGCGUUUGUGACCUCCAGCGUUUCAGGAGUGACCUUCAAACUAAAUAAUAAGGCUUGGUAGUGCUACUGAGGACACAAUCAAUUCACAUAAUGGUACAUUCAUCAGUUGCAUUAAUGGAUUCCUCUUUUAGAUGCUUAUUUGUAUUCCUUGUCGAUGAAGCAUAUAAAGGAAUAAAAAAAGCUGAAAUCGGA